AUGAGGGUAUCGUUCGUUACCACCAUUGUUGUCAUUAUCACCACUUUGCUCUCUUUUGAAACUUUAUUCGUUUCCGCGAACACACAAUGCUUAGGAAGCUGUAAUAAAUCAAAGAUAAAGGCUAAUGGUACUCAAAUUAAAACUGGUAAAGAUAAAAGUGGUUUCUGCUCCAGUUUAAUCCAAGGACAAAUCCCUUCCAAUUUGAAUAUGGUCUCUACUCUUAUCCUUAAACCUACUAAUGAUGAACAAAUAAAAGCAAACAAGACUUUUCUUGUAAAAAUUAAGGUUAAAAAUUUAAAUACUGGAUUUUUCAGUGACCCUAACACUGAAUAUUAUACAUCCUCACAAGAACUUGAUAAUAAUGGAUUGAUUAAAGGCCAUACUCAUGUUGUUGUUCAAAAAUUGGAUGAUGAAAAUCCUCCUGAUCCAACCGCAUUUGCUUUCUUCAAGGGAUUGAAUGAUAAAGCCGAUAAUGGUGUGUUGUCAACUAUUGUUACCCCUGGAUUACCAAGAGGUUUAUACCGAUUAUGUACAAUGAGCUCCUCCUUUACUCAUCAACCGGUUAUCAUGCCUGUUGCUCAGCGCGGUUCACAGGAUGACUGCCUUAAUAGAGGAUGA